AUGUCUUCCGUCACCGAGAAAGAUGGGGGUCAGCUACACGAUAUCCUACAGACUAGAACCUGGUUCGGGUUUGAUCUAGACGAUACUCUCCAUGAAUUCCGCAAAGCAAGCCGUGCAGCCACAACUCGCGUUCUUACACGCAUCGCCAACGACAACCCAUCAACUACACUCCAAGAUCUUCAAACCCAAUACGGAAUCAUUCUGAAGCAAGGAACCGCUGAUGCAUUCACCGAUGGAAAGACCUCAAAUGACUACCGUCGGGCUCGCUUCGCUGCCACACUGAGCCAUUUUGGAUUGAGUCACGAUAGUGUCGAUGAGCUGCUAGAGGACUACGAGCGUGUUCUUGUGGAUAACUUGACACUCAAACCAGGAGCUGUUUCUCUUCUCGAAGCAAUCAAGGCGUCCGGAAGAAAGAUCGCAGUGAUUACAGAAGGACCGCAGGAUGCACAGCAGCGAGCAGUGAGAGACCUGGGCAUCGACAAGUACAUCGACUUUCUCGCGACCACAAACUUCUUCGGCGUGGCCAAGAUCGAUGGACUCUUCGGCAAGGUACUUGAUCAUCUUCAGAUCACACCGCAAGAUAUCGCGUACAUCGGCGACUCGCAGGAGCGCGAUAUCGAGCCCGCUACCAGAGAGGGGAUACUCGCCAUUCACUUACACGAAGCUCAAACAGCGCCACUUGUGCUACAGCCUCCCAGCAUCAACUCGCUCGAGGUACUGGCCAAGCUCAUCUAA